UUGGCAUUAAAUCAUUUGUAAAACAGCGGUUGAUUUGAUUGAGUGCCGGUGGAGCAUCUUUGGCAACCGCGGAGAUUGCCGUGUAGUGUACAAUAUCACUCUCCUCCCGUAGACUAUUGUUUCCUGACUGUUGACACCAAUUUUUGAUACCUACCUCUUCAGUGCGCUAAAUAAGCGUGUAAAAAAUAUAGUUUUAUCCAUAUUUUUAUCAGCCCGUUGUCAAUCUUGGUCAGUGGGUCGCAAGCAGUAAUUUUUUUAAAGUUUAUUUUGAUAAUACUGAUCUAACAGAUAUAAAUAAUAAAAAAUGGAAACUACUGUCUCAAAGAACUUUGCUAACGUACUCAGUACCCUGACCAUUCUGUCAUGCCUGUUCCUGAAGGUGCCACAAAUAUGUUACAUACGGCAGAAACGAUCUGCAGAAGGGAUCUUUGUCCAAGCUUUGCUUAUGGAGAUAUUUGGAUUCUCAAUAAUGACACUAUACAAUUACACAAACGACUAUGGAAUAAUGACGUACAUGGAGUACCCAAUAAUAUUGCUUCAAGUGUACGUCAUGUUCUACUAUGUGCUGAAGUUUAAGAAAAUGCUAUGUAUGUCGAUAGUACCGAUCACCACCAUAGCAUACGUCUCUGCAGUCGCUGCUUUCGCGAUGGGCACUUUACCGAAGCAUAUACUGUCUUAUUUAGUGCCUCUCUGCACUCCACUGAGCGGGUUCGCGAAGGUGACUUACAUUUACGGGAUCGUGUGUGAAGGGAAUGCUGAUGCAGUGUCGCUGACCACGUGGGUCAUUUCUGUGGCUACUAACUUGGCCCGCAUAUUCACAGUCUACGUGGAUUCUGCAGACAUGAAGCUCAUGACGAACUUCUUCAUAUCGACAUUGCUGAGCUUAGCAGUUCUCUGCACUGCUGUAUACUACAAAAGGCAAUGCUGCCCGCCGCGCCGUCAGCGAAGGAAGUCCAAUGGUCAUUGCAGCCAUUGCGAUUAAAAUCAUUUUACCCACCUUUUUGUGUAUCAAAUGCAUGCAUAAUCAUGAAAAUAAUGUAUUGAAGACCGUGGAGGUAGGGUAGACGCGUAGGCAAAUUACGGUACGAUUUUUUGUGUACAUCUAAUGCGAUACCGCGAGAAAACCUGCUUAUUUUACUAAAUUACCUAAACUGGAUGUCACGGCGAGGUAAGGGAAGUACGAAUU